ACCUGAUUUUCCCCUCCUAUCUUUUUUUCCCCACCUCCUUCUCCGUCUGCCCUAGCUUUCGCUCUCCCCUCCCUUUCCGGUGCUGCCAUUGUCUCCUCCAAAACCACUCCGGCGCUGAGCUGCCUUUUCCCUUCGGAACUCGUCGCUCAUCCACAGCCCUAGCUGAGGUAAUCUCUUCUUCUUCUUCUCAGGAGUGAAGUAACUUUUCCAUCUCCUCUGCGAUCUUUGGAGCUUUGUUGGCUGUUGGAAAGAGAGAAGGGAAAUCGGAGAACAGAGAUCAGAACUGUGGGAGAUGCUUGAGAGAUGUUAAUUGAAGCUAUCAGAUCUUUCAGUCAAUUGCCUUCUCUUUUUGUUCAGCAAAGAAAUAGCUGAUUUGUAACAUUCAAAACAUUAUGAGUAUUGCUCCGAAGAAGUUACAUGAGGAGGGAGGCCAUUCUACUCCUUUAAAACGGCCACUUGAAGAGACCGGCAUAUAUUUGAGUGCUGGAAGGCUAAUUCAACCAGUUGGUAAUGAUUUUUGCCUACCCAUUGAAUACGGGCAGGAUGGACGAUUUGCAAAAGUCCCACGUGUUGAACCCCGUGAUAUUGAUAAGAGAUCAUCUCAGCUGCAUUGGAUGGCUUCAGCUUCUAACAGCUCCUUAGACCAUCCAGUUACAUCCGACAACAAGUUAGAAUUCAAAAAUUCAAAGGAUGCUAGAGAAGUUAAGACUGAAAACCGGGAAACAAAGCCACAGGUUAGGGACUUGUACGCCGAUACUAGGAUGGAUCCUCAAGAUAGAAAGGCUGAGAAUCAUUCAACGAUGGAUACUAGGGGGGAUGAAAAGGAACUUAAAUCUGAUAGGGGGUUUCAUGUUGAGUAUAAGGGUGACACCAAAUUUAAUAAAGACAAUUAUGUUUCAAUAAGUUCUCACCUAAAUUGGAAAGAUAGUAAAGAGCACCAAAGGGGUAAAAGAUAUUUUGAGUCCCGUAAUGAUGGUUUGGACUCAUGGCAUGCUGCAAGGCCUGGAUUACAAAGCACAGAUGAAGCUGCAAAAGAUAUUACAGCAGGUGAAGAGUGGGAUUCCAUGGAAACGCAUGAGGCUGUUGGAGAAAACAAGGUUGAUCUGAAAGGUGAAGAAAAAUUCAGAGAUAAGGAUAGGAAAAGGAAGGAUGACAAGCAUAGAGAUUAUGGAGAAAGGGAGAAGGAUAGAAAUGAUCGUCGAAACUGUUUGCAACAAGGUGCUGCUAGUACUGAAUGCAAAGAAGUGCUGAGAGAAGAGAGAGAUGUGGAGAAGCGGGAGAGGGAGAGAAAGGGCACUCAAAAAGACAUGGAAUGGAAUGACAGGGAGAAGGAUAUUAUGAAGAGAGAAUCAUCAAAUGCAAAUGAAAAGGAGGGUUUACACUAUGAGAAGGAGUUUGUGGAUGGAUCUAUCAAAGUUUCUGAGCAGGAAAAUACAACAAUUGAAUCUAAGAGGGUUAAAGUUGACAGUUGGAAAUCUUAUGAUAGGGAUUUUAAAGAAAGGAAAAGGGAAAGGGAUGCAGGUGCAGGUGACGGACAUGGACGUGACAGGUGUUAUGACAAGGAAUCAGAUGAUGGUUGUGCAGAAGGAGAGGGAGCUACAGAAAAGGAUAAGGACGUUUUUGGUGGUGUUCAGCAACGUAGGAAGAUGUUGCGGUCAAUGGGGACUCCUCAAGCACCUCGGUUUCGGUCUAGAGCAUGGGACGAGGGAUCUCAAGGCAAAACUGAAGUAUCUGCAAUUGUUUAUAAAGCUGGUGAAUGUAUGCAAGAACUUCUACAAUCUUGGAAAGAAUUUCAAGCAUCUCAACAUACUAAAAGUGAUGAAAGCUUGCAAAAUGGUCCGACUCUGGAAAUUCGAAUACCUGCGGAAUAUGUUACUUCCACUAACCAUCAAGUCAAAGGUGCCCAGCUAUGGGGAACAGAUAUGUAUACGAAUGAUUCAGAUCUAGUUGCCGUUCUCAUGCACACUGGUUAUUGCUGCCCAACAUCAUCCCCUCCCCCACCUACCAUUCAAGAGUUAUGGGUAACAGUUCGAAUUCUGCCACCACAGGAUGGCUAUGCUUCAACAUUAAGAAAUAAUGUCCGUUCACGUGCCUGGGGGGCUGGAAUUGGCUGUAGUUUCCAUGUAGAAAGAUGCUGCAUUGUGAAGAAAGGUGGUGGGACAAUCGAUCUGGAGCCUUGUCUUACCCAUACAUCGGCAGUGGAACCAACUCUUGCUCCUGUAUCUGUUGAACGCACCAUGACAACAAGAUCUGCAGCUUCGAAUGCAUUGCGUCAGCAAAGGUUUGCCCGUGAAGUCACAGUUCAGUACAAUCUCUGCAAUGAGCCAUGGCUGAAAUACAGUAUUAAUGUAGUUGCUGAUAAGGGACUAAAGAAGCCUCUCUAUACUUCAGCGCGACUGAAGAAGGGCGAAGUUCUAUAUCUGGAAACACAUUUUAGUAGGUGACUGCUUGUAAUACUGGGAGUUUGAAGCAGCUGGAACUAACUAAUGGAAAUCACUACGAAGUUUCACUCAGUAAUUAUGAUAAAGGAUUCUGGUCAAGUUGAAUUAUAAAAGGUGAUACCAAUUUAUAAGUUUUAGAUGCAAUUGCUAUCAAUGGCAUAGUUGUCAGGCACAAGGUGACGUAUCAAGGUCAUCUUGAUAUUAUAAUACUUACAAUGCAAACUAUGGGUGUUCAUGCCUAUAACUCACUUUGAGGAGAAUUUCUAGCAGGCAGACAACUCUCUCUUCUUUAUUUCAUUUAUACAGGGAUUACCAUACCUUAUUUUUUUUCUAUUUGAAAUACAAUUCUGGUGGUUUAAGAUUUGUCUAAGAAGUCCUUAUGUUUGUUGAGGGUGUUCCUUAAGUUGUUAGAGGUGAGGAUGCCUGAUGCAACUUACUGAUAUUACAUUUUCUUAGAGCUGUUUGGGUUGGAUGAUUAACUAUAACUACAUAUUGAUGCAAUAGAUAAUGUAUGCCAUGGUUUUGAAGAUCUAAUAUUGUUCAGGGAGCAAGUUUGUGCUUAAGAGGUUCCUAAAAGAAGGAUUGAAAAGAUUCAAAACAAGGAUUGGGAGUGAUGAUCUGAAACUGCGGGGAGGUAGAGGAGUAGGGGCAACCCAAUUGGUUGGGCAUUCCAUCCUUUGGUUGUUGGAUAAGAGGGACUUGAGGCUUUUGAGAACUGGUGUUCUCAUUAUUCCUGUUAACAUAUUUGUUGGUCAAGGAACUAUGCUAUUCACCAAUGUAUUUUAAUAAAAAAGUUGUUGAAUGUUUA